AUGGCUAAGAAGUGGCCAAACAGGAGUCAGAAGGCCAAGGCCAACGGCCAGCCAGAAAACCAGCCUGCUGCCGCACCUGGAGCCCAAGCUCAAGAAGAAAAUCCGCUGCAACAGCGAUCUGAGAACAUAACCACCGAAUCUGGCCGACCUCCUCGAAGGAACCUAACCAAGGGAAUCAGCCUUCCAGACCCCAGGCGAACCCACCCCGACGGAAUCCCCAAGAUCCGCAUCAAGGAAACAAGCAAAACCGUCCCCAGGCGAACCACCAAAACCCUAGCCAAGGGAACAGAACAAACCUGCCUCGUCAAGGUCGAAACCAGGCUUGGAAGAUAA